AUGGUAGUCUGUGAAUUCUAUGACGAGAGGUGGAGAUGGAAGUGGGAGACAGGAAGAGAAGAGCAUGCCACGUGCACCGCCACACAGCAUGCCACGUGCACCACCACACAGCAUGCCACGUGCACCACCACACAGCAUGCCACGUGCACCACCACACGGCAUGCCACGUGCACCGCCACACGGCAUGCCACGUGCACCGCCACACAGCAUGCCACGUGCACCGCCACACAGCAUGCCACGUGUACCGCCACACAGCAUGCCACGUGCACCGCCACACAGCAUGCCACGUGCACCGCCACACAGCAUGCCACGUGCACCGCCACACAGCAUGCCACGUGUACCGCCACACAGCAUGCCACGUGCACCGCCACACAGCAUGCCAUGUGCACCGCCACACGGUAUGCCACGUGCACCACCACACAGCAUGCCACGUGCACCACCACACGGCAUGCCACGUGCACCACCACACGGCAUGCCACGUGCACCGCCACACGGCAUGCCACGUGCACCGCCACACAGCAUGCCACGUGCACCGCCACACAGCAUGCCACGUGUACCGCCACACAGCAUGCCACGUGCACCGCCACACGGCAUGCCACGUGCACCGCCACACGGCACGUUUGCUAG